AUGGAUUCAAAUCAUUCUAAAGACCGGUGCAGACAAAGAAAGUUAAAUUUGGAUAAAAAAAACUUCAAUGGCGUGACAACCACUUCAAUUGGUAACAAUAAAAAUAUAAAUUCAAAUAUUUCAGAUGGAUAUCAGCAUACAAGUUUUCAAUCUACUUUGACAUAUCCUGGGAAUAUUACAAGUUCAUUAUCCAAUGAUGCUAAAGAUAAAAGAAAAGUCAGAAAGUUAUAUUUGGAUAACAAAAAAUUUAAACAUAAAACCACCACCGCAAAUGGUGGAUACCAACACACAAGUUUUCAAUCUACUUUAGAUGUUAUUACAAGUUCAUUAUCCAAUGAUGCUAAAGAUAAAAGAAAACUUAGAAAGUUAUAUUUGGAUAACAAAAAAUGUAAAGAUAUGACCACCACGCCAAAUGUGUCAGGAAAUAGACAAUAUUCUAUAUUGUCUAAUGAUAUCCCAGCCACAUCGUCGUUAGCAGUCACUCAAGAUAAUUCUAUCGGUUUAUCUUUGAGAAACAAAAAGUCAAAAAGGAAGAUCUCAAAUAUAUCGAGUAUACCCAUAGACUUAACAUCAGAUGAACACUUAAAUGUUCAGCAUAAUCAUGUUCAAUUGAUUUCGGGUAUCUCAAAAGAUUAUUUCGACCAUGGUGAUCAGAGUUUUGUGUGUACGAGUUGUCAUGCAAAAUUAUGGCAAAAUGAAGCCCUUAAAGGCAAUAAAGAUGGCAACAAAACAUCUUUUUCAAUGUGUUGUGGUAACGGAAAGGUCGAGCUUCCUGAAUUAAAAGAAGCACCUGAAGAUUACCAAAAUCUUUAUCGUUCUGUUCAUCCCAAAGGGAAACAUUUUUUGAACAACAUUCGUCUGUUCAAUUCGAUGUUUUCAUUUACAUCGAUGGGUGGAAAAGUUGAUUCUUCCAUUAACAAAGGCAAAGGUCCAUAUAUUUUUAGACUUAGUGGUCAAAAUUACAAUUGUAUGGGCAGCCUUCUACCUAUAGAUGGAUCAAAACCAAAUACACAAAAAGAUGGGUGCAAUUCAACUUCUCAGCAACUUGAUAUCGAAAUCAUAAGAUUUUUGAAGGUUAUGUUGGAUUCAACAAAUGAGUUGGUUAAGUGUUAUAGAAUGGCAAGAGAUUGUUUUAAUGCAAGUCCUAAUAUAGAUCUAAAGUUACGUCUUAUAGGAAGAAGACAACAAGAUGGAAGGACAUAUAACCUACCUACCGCUUCUGAGGUUGCUGCUUUAAUUGUUGGUGACAUUGGUAAUUCAAUUGAUAAUAGAGAUAUCAUUGUAAAAACUAAAUCAGGCAAUCUACAACGUAUAAAUGAAUUGCAUCCUGCUUACCUUGCUCUUCAAUACCAACUGCUCUUUCCUUAUGGGGAUGAUGGAUAUCGAGUUGACAUCCCUCAUAGAGGUGUUACGUGUUCAACGAAUAACAAACGAUGUUACUGUACAAUGAGAGAAUUCUUUUCAUAUAGGAUUCAAGACAGAGUUAAUAUUUUCUCAUUAAUUCUGAAUUCAAGAAGGCUUUUUCAACAAUUUAUGGUUGAUGCUUAUACGAUGAUUGAAAGCGAGAGGUUGUAUUACAUACGAAACCAACAAAAAGUUCUUCGAUGCGAGUCCUAUGAAACUUUACGCAGCGUGAAAAACAAUGGAAAUACAGAUAUUUCGAAUAUUGGACAGCGUGUGAUAUUGCCUUCUUCUUUUACUGGUGGUGCACAGUACAUGAUGCAAAACUAUUUAGAUGCCAUGUCACUUUGUAAGUGGUUUGGCUACCCAGAUUAUUUCAUAACUGUAACAUGCAAUCCAAAGUGGCCCGAGAUUCAAAGGUUUAUUGCUGACACAAACCUCAAACCCGAAGACAGACCCGAUAUCCUAUCUAGGUUGUUCAAAAUGAAGCUAGAUUCAUUGAUUAAAGACUUAAAGAAAAAUUCAUUAUUGGGUUCGGUCGAAGCAGUUGUUUAUACGGUGGAGUUUCAAAAGCGCGGCCUACCUCAUGCUCAUAUAUGUCUAUUCAUGCACUCUGAUUACAAGCUCCCAACCCUUGAACAUAUUGAUCGUGUUAUUUCUGCUAAAAUUCCAAACAAAGAUGACGAUCCAGAAUUGUAUGCACUUGUCAGCGAGUUCAUGAUGCAUGGUCCUUGUGGUAAUGAUAAUCCUAAAUGCCCAUGCAUGAUAGAUAACAAGUGUUCAAAAAACUUCCCAAAGACAUUCACAGAGCAUACUUCGGUUGAUGAAAAUGGUUAUCCAAUAUAUAGGAGACGUAAUGAUGGAUCUUUUGUUGAAAAGUCUGGUGUUAAGUUAGACAAUAGAAGUGUGGUUCCAUAUCACAAACUGCUUUUGAAAAGAUACCAAGCUCACAUUAAUGUUGAGUGGUGCAAUCAGGGUGCUUCCAUCAAAUAUUUGUUCAAAUAUAUUAACAAGGGUCCUGAUAGGGCUACUGUUGCGGUUGUACCAAACAACAAUGCAUAUGAUAAUGACGAUGUAGUUGACGAAAUAAAAAACUACUACGAUUGUAGAUAUUUGUCUGCAUGUGAAGCUUCGUGGCGUAUAUUCAAAUUUGAUGUUCAUUUCAGGACUCCUUCUGUUGUGAGGCUUCCUUUUCAUCUUCCUGGACAACAAAAUGUUGUAUACGGUGCUGACGAUGAUAUUGAGGAUGUCCUCAAUAAACAGUCUGUUUCUUCUUCGAUGUUCUUAGCUUGGAUGGAGUUCAAAGGUCCGAAAUGUUUUGCAGACAUUCGUACGGUUAAUGGACAUGUGUGUCCUACUUUUAGAGAGGCGUGUUAUGCUCUUGGACUUUUGGAAGAUGAUAGGGAAUAUAUUGAUGCAAUUGAGGAAGCAAGUCAUUCCGGUUCUGGAUAUUAUUUGCGUUAUUUAUUUGCAACUAUGUUGAAGUCUAAUAGUUUGUCGAGACCGUACUUUGUCUGGGAAAAAACUUGGCAAUACUUAUUAGAUGGAAUUCUCUACAAUCAACAACUAAGAUUAAAGGCACCAGGUUUAUCGCUUGAUGAGGAUCAAGUUAAGAACUUGACACUUUAUGAGAUUGAAAAAAUUUUACUCCAAAACAAUUCAAGCCUCAAAGAUUUUGAUGGGAUGCCUUACCCUGAUCAUGAGUCUAUAUCUUCUUCAAAUAAUCGAUUGAUUACCGAGGAGCUAGAUUUUGACAGGACGACUCUAUUACAAGAGUUUUAUCAGCUACUUGGUACAUUAACAUAUGAACAAAGAGGUGUUUUCGACGAUAUUAUCACAAAUGUUAAAAAAAAGAAAGGAGGUGUCUUUUUUGUUUACGGUUACGGAGGUACAGGGAAAACAUUUCUCUGGAAAACAUUAUCCGCUGCUUUAAGAUCGGAGGGUGAAAUCGUGUUAAAUGUUGCUUCAAGUGGUAUUGCUUCCUUAUUAUUGACAGGAGGUAGGACAGCGCACUCUCGAUUUAUAAUCCCUUUAAAUCUUACCGAGGAUUCGUUUUGUUCUAUAACGCCGGAAAGUGAUGUUGCUGAAUUGUUAAAAAAAACAUCAUUGAUUAUAUGGGAUGAGGCACCUAUGAUUCAUAAGCAUGCCUUUGAAGCUUUGGAUAGAUCUUUGAAGGAUAUAUUGGGUUGUCAUCUUCGUAGCAACUCCAAAUUGCCAUUUGGAGGAAAAGCAAUUGUUUUUGGAGGUGAUUUCAGACAAAUUCUACCUGUUGUUCCUAAUGGAAGUAGACAAGACAUCGUCAAUGCUUCAAUAAGUUCCUCCUAUAUUUGGUCAGAUUGCAAGGUCUUAAGAUUAACAAAAAACAUGAGGUUAAGUCUUCAUACAUCUAAUAUUGAAGAAACAACCACAUUUGCAAACUGGAUUUUGAAUAUAGGUGAAGGAAAGGUUGGUGGCUUAAAUGACGGCGAGGCAAUUGUUGAUAUACCAGAUGAUAUUCUCAUUACAGAUUCACCGGAUCCUAUUGAUGAAAAAGAAUACUUAAGUUCAGACAGUCUUUGUCAAUCGGAGUUUGUACACGAUGACUUUGACGAAUCUUUAUACUCUCCUGAUGUUCUAAAUGGCCUUAGACCUUCAGGUAUGCCAAUUCAUAAAUUGGUAUUAAAAGUCGGUGUUCCAGUUAUGUUACUGAGGAAUAUUGACCAGAAAUACGGUUUGUGUAAUGGAACAAGGCUACGAGUUAUAGCAUUGGGUAAGCGUGUUAUAGAAGCAGAGAUUAUUUCUGGAAGUAAUAUAGGAAAACGUACGUUUAUUCCAAGAAUGUCACUGACCCCGUCGGAUAAAAGGAUUCCUUUCACAUUUCAGCGAAGACAGUUUCCACUUGCUGUAUGCUUUGCGAUGACAAUAAACAAAAGUCAAGGACAGUCGCUAUCAAAUGUUGGUUUGUUUUUGAGACAACCAGUGUUUACUCAUGGACAGUUGUAUGUUGCAUUGUCUAGAGUUAAAAGCAGAGACGGAUUGAAAAUAUUAAUUUUAGACAACGAAGGAAACCCUACCAAUAAGACAUCUAAUGUUGUAUUCAAAGAAGUAUUUGAAAAUUUGUGA